AGAAGCACUGAACACUGUACUUUUCUGUAGCAGUUGAGUGCUGUGGUCCUUACCCACCACAUAAUUCAGAAAAAAUCAGCAUGGGAUUCCCAUUCCCCAUGAAGACAGAUGUGAUGGCCCCAUGCCUGGGGAGAGAGCGACAUCUGAAGCCGUACUGCUUCACGCCAGUACUGACAGAGUGGCGUGGGAGAAAGACAAAUGUGACAUGAGAGUGAGGACCUUCAUGUGCAGGUUUCCAAAUGGCUGAUCCUUUCCUAUAUGAUACUGGAAAAAGAUCGCAAUAUGGGUGCCUUGGACAUGAAGUACAAAUUGAGCACAUCAAGGCAUAUGUUUGUAGACCAUCUUUUUUCACAGACAAAGCUGUGAUUGUGAUUCACGAUAUAUUUGGAUGGCUGUUCCCAGAUAUCAGAUACAUAGUCGAUUUGAUUGCCAGUCAUGGAUACAUAACCAUCUGCCCAGACUUCUUCAAGGGGACAGAGCCCUGGAAGACUACUGAUCACUGGGCUGACUUUGCUGACUGGAUGAAAGAUCAUGAUCCUAUGAAAGUAGACAAGGAAGCUGAUGUUGUCUUGAAGUAUCUAAAGGAACAAUGCGAUGCAAAGAAGAUUGGUAUCGUUGGGUUUUCCUGGGGUGGAAUGGCAGUACAUCACUUGAUGCUGAAAAAUCCUCAAUUAACCGCUGGGGUGUCCCUCUAUGGAAUAAUUAGGGACUCUGAAGAAAGAUACAAUUUACUAAAUCCCACGUUUUUCAUUUUUGGUGAGAAAGACCACACUAUUUCUUACGAUCAGAUCACCUUACUGGAGGAGAAGUUGAAACAGUACUGUAAAGUUGCAUAUAAAAUUAAAGUUUAUCCUGGACAAGUUCAUGGGUUUGCACAGUUGAAGCCAGAAGAUAUGAAACCUGAUGAUAAACCUUACAUUGAAGAAGCCAGAAAGGAUAUGAUUGAUUGGAUCAAAAUAUUUAUUUGACAAAAGUGAAAAGUAACACGAGGCUUCAAGAUCAGUAUUGGAUUUAAUUAAAUUUUAGAGAAGAAAAUGAUCAAGGGAAAACUAUCUGGUUUUAAAAA